AUGUCAAGGCUACUUAAGGGGUUCGGUACGCCUAAGCAAGGUAACAACAACAAUGCUUCCAAGGCCAAUUCCAGCAGUGGUGGUCCAACACGUCCAUCACCUUCAUCGAAUCCAUCCAAUUAUGGCGAACCACCCGAAACUCCCGAUCUGUCACUCACCACAACCAAUACGAACAACCUUACUCCCAUCAACAACAAAAUCGCACCUGGUGUUAGAACAGGAUUAGGACUGAACAACAAGGAGACAGAAAGAGAGUUGUUGUUCGGUUUAGAGAAUUUCGGUAAUACAUGUUAUUGCAAUUCGGUCAUUCAGGCUUUAUACUCAUGCGAAGCAUUUAAGAGGUUUGUUGAAUCUUAUCCUGAUUCGAAACCACCUUUAAUGCCUCUCGCUCCAUUACCUGGUAAAGGAGAUAAACCCACAUCACCCAUUCUGAACGGUGGUGGACCGAUUAGUCCCCAAUUAUCUCGCGGAGGAGGCAACCCAUUUGAUUCUACGGGUCCGACAUCUCCCAAUCCAGGAGGGAAAGAAAAAAGAUCUUGGACAAGUUUAGGUAGAAGACCAACGAGUUCCACUGGACCUCCUGGUGGUGGUGCUGGAUUAGCAGGGGGUAGUGGAUCGGUGCCUACACUCAACGCAUUACAACAAAAUCAAUUAGGUUCGCCGGAGUUAGAUGAACAAUAUGCAAAUUGGAAAGCUCCCAUACCUGAUCCAAACCAAUCUCCGCCAAGUGUAUUCCAGACGAUCCAAACGUUGUUCUAUCACUUGACCAACUCGCCUCCUCAUCUACCACUACCGAAGAAGGAAAAUAAAGAUGCCAGUGCCCAGACUGCGUCGCUGUUACCUGGUGCGCCUGCUCAACCUGAAAAUCCUCAAAGUGGAGCAGCACCUCCAGCUACUCCGGGAGGUAAUCCAGCUGUACCCCAGGGUCCACCAUUGCUGGCAUCCCUCCCACCUCCGUCGGCAGCUAGGGGAGGAGGUCCAUGGCAGGCUGGUAAACUCGGACGAGGGGUGGUCACCCCUGAAGAUCUCCUGAGAACAGUCAAGAGAGAGAACGAAAUGUUUAGAGGAAUGAUGCAGCAGGAUGCUCAUGAGUUCUUGGGUUGGCUGUUAAAUCAAAUUGCGGAAGAGAUCGAAAUUAUCGAUAAGAAUCUGAAGAAGGUUAAUGGACAAGAACCUGUCAAGACUCCUGGAAAGACGUUCAUACAAAGUUUGUUCGAAGGAAUUUUGACCAAUGAGACGAGAUGUCUGAGUUGUGAAACUACCUCAUCCCGUGAUGAACUCUUCUUAGAUCUGUCCAUCGAUAUAGAACAACAUACGUCCGUCACACACUGUUUGAGACAAUUCUCAGCUAGUGAGAUGCUAUGUCAGAAAAAUAAGUUUUACUGUGAUUCAUGUUGUGGUUUACAAGAAGCCGAGAAGAGAAUGAAGAUCAAGAAACUCCCAAAUAUCCUUGCUUUACAUCUAAAACGAUUCAAAUAUCAAGAAACGACAGGUAGAUAUGCGAAAUUGUUUUACAGAGUACCGUUCCCUACUCAACUUAGAUUACCAAACACAACGGAUGAUAUGGAGAAUCCCGAUAGGUUGUAUGAGCUUUUCUCGGUGGUGGUACAUAUUGGAAACGGCCCACACCACGGUCACUACGUCACCCUCGUCCGAUCCAAGGGCCGAUGGAUAAUGUGCGACGACGAGAAUGUCGAACCUAUAAACGAUGAUGAUCUGUUUAGAUAUUUUGGUGAUUAUCCGUCUGGAGCGGGAUACGUCCUAUUCUAUGAGGCUGUGGAUAUGGAUCUAGCAAGUCUGGGAUUAAAAGUACCUGAACCUGAACCUGAACCUACACCCCAGCCUGUUGAAUUCAAGACUCAGAAACCGAUUCCAGCGCCAACGGCUUUCAUCCAACCUCAACCUAAAUCUACACCGCUUAGCGAAGUGAAGGAAGAUCAUCUGAUUGAUUUUUCAGACAACACCAUACCUGAGGAAUCCUCCGCUGGGGUGUCUACACCAACAAAGAAGAAACCUCCCCCACCUCCACCUUCCAGAAGAGCUUCUACCAAUAUAUCGCCUUCGCCCGUAACUCCCAUCAGCCCAAAUGCCGCUGAAGCUGCGGCGAGAAGAGGAUCGGUGCCAGUAACUUCCACACGGCGCGACUCGAUCACUUCGACCAAUGGUGCCACUCAGAUAUCAGGCGAUACCACUCCGACCGGUACCCGAAGGAACUCAAAUGCUACUCCACCUAUUCCACCGCCUUCAAGGGGUUUGAGCAGAACACAAGUAAAUGGUACUACCUCUCCAUCUAAUGUCAAUGGAUCAACGACGUUCAGUGGAUUAGGUGUGGAUGUACCUAACACGUUACAUGGGAAUAACGCAGAGGGUGUACAAGGUGUACCUAACGGUAAUGCAAAUACUUUAUCUUCUUCGGUACAUUCGAUCGCAUCAGCAUCGGUAUCCACCUCUUCGGGUUCAGGUUCAGUACCUAAUUCGACCAGUCUGGCUAAACCCAUCCCAUCGUCUUUAUCUCCCACACAAAAUCAGAUACAACCAAGUUCGAUCUCCUCUUCUGUAUCAUCCAGUAACCUCGGUCGAAAGAUUUCGAUGUCAGGUACAGGAAGGGAUCGUACGGUAUCUGGAUCUUCUCAAAGUAGUUCAGCCCAGGGAGGUAGUUAUGCCGGGGGAGGUAGCUUAGGUAGGAAGUUGAGCGGGAUGUCUGGGAAAUUGGGUAGGAGUGGGUCAAUGGCUUUUGGCAAGUUUGGAAUUGGCAAGAAAGAUAAAGGCGAAAAGGCUGGACAGUAA